AUGCAUCGACCUGCACGGCUCAUGUCUGCAGAGCUCGCGCACAUUCUCAAAAAAAAGGAGGGCAUUUUGUCCUUGGAAAAGUACCUCGAUCGUAAAGUCGUGGUUUCCCAGAAAGGUCAGGAGGUGCACGGCGUACUAAAAGGCUUCGACAAUAAUGUGAACUUGGUACUUGCCGAUGCAGAGUUGUGGCAUGGCGACACGCACAUCCGCACGAUUGGCGCCUGUGUCGUGCGCGGCGGCCCCGUAAGCAUCAUCCUCUCUGGGGACACGACUAGCAUUGCAAACCCCUUUGCCUAG